CCCGCUUCGUUGCGGGGUUACCUCCUCCCUCGGUGAGCUACCGGAUUCCGCGAAGCCGACAGUUCCGCGACUACAGAACCCGGAGCGGAUCGCGUGGGCCCGUCGCCAAGGUCCAGUCGGGCUGCCGAAUCGGCAGUUCUAGUCUACCGUUCCCGCGCCGCGAGUUCGUCUUCUCCGCUCUUGUCCGAACACGAGGAAGCCACCGAUCGCUUCACGAUCGGCUCUCCCCGAGAUCGUUCGAUCUUUUUCCGCGGGGUCGGAGUGCCGCGUCCUCUCUCGUUCGUGGAUACUACCAGGAACUUCGCGGUUUAGAGGAUCCCGGUGGCGUGCAGCUUCCUCGACUGUCUCUCGGUCCCGAAGCAGGAAGAGGAAGAGCGACCGAUCGAUCCGCGUAAUAAAGGGAACUUUGCGUCGGGUGCGUUCCGCAGGGACACGAAGAAAGGGUCUGCCCUAAGCAGAAGAAAGUGGACGACCCUCCGCCGCGCGAAACUCUUUUCAGCAGGACGGACGAUCCUCCCGGGAGGCCGGCGAACCGCUCGGGGAACCGUAUGAGAAAGAGAGACAGACCGUAGCGUCGAAGAGGCUCGGAACGUCGAAGUCCGGUCGAGUUUCCGCUCUCGCUAGGAAUUUGUUGCUCGCCGGAGCAGGUUCUCGUGGAAGAAAGGAGAGAUUAACGAGACGAUUAAUCGUCGCGGAGUGCGUUCGAGACGGUUCUCGCGCGAGUCCCUCUGCCUCUCCCCUCCCGCCCCCUUCUCUCCCGGCUCCGAAGGAAGCGGUCUAAUUCGGAUCGUUAAGUUUUGCGACGUACGGGCCGCUGCAGCGGGCGGGCUUGUAUCUCGACCGGGUGAUUAAAGAUACAAUUAAUGGGCCGACAAUUAAAUAUAAUUAACUCGGGGGAUAGGGUACGCUGGCUCCGCUUGCCAAUUAGCGCGUUAGCGCCUUAUCGGACAUCGGCCGAUCGGACGGCCGCGAGCUUCGAUCUCGAGCAGACAAUAAAAUCGCCGUAAUCGGCGCGGGUAACCGGUAGCCGUGCUGGAGGAGUGGGAGAAGGAGGGAGAGAGAGAGAGAGAGAGAGAGGGAGAGGGAGGGAGGGACAGAAUCGGAGGAGGUCCGUGAGAUAGAGGAUCGAAGUGGCGCGUAAUGAGGAUCGAUUAACUCGAGGAACUCUGGAUGCGUCAUUGAUCGUCCGCUCGGUGGGAGAUCCACGGUUUGUGUCGGAGAUCGGCGGAUAAGGAUCCUGGAACCGAGUACCGCGGUCAGGUAGCGUAGCUCGCGUCUAAGGUGCUCUCCGAGUAGGGAACAAGCGUGCUACGGGGAAAGUUACGAGAGGACUUUGACUCGGCCCGGGAUCCCGAGUGGAGAAACGAAGAGCACUCUCGCGAGACGAUCCGGAUUACAUGCUCGCGGUGCCGAGGGGACCGAAGUGGCUGUCCGUUACUCGUCUGCCACGGGAACUGAGACCCUGAACUUGAAGCCUGCAUGCAUGCUCGCCGCUGAAUCGCUACGACACGCUCGCACACUCCUUGGAGAGCACCGACGGCCACCGAGGGCAGCCUGGACACAUCCAGAGCAACGGAGAAUGCUGACUGCGCACUCGUGACAUACGGGGCUUCCGUUCAGGAUCGAAAGCACGCUGAGGUGGAGGAUGGAGGAGCUGGAGACGUUGGAGAGCACGGAGUGCCCUGAGUGCCCCGGGCCACCCCCCGAGUUCCGGUUGCCGCCACCACCCCGGCCACCCUUCCUCACCGACGGCACCUUUUGCUCGGAGGAACCCCUCACCGAGAUCGAAGAUUGCGUCGCCAUUCCGAUGAUCGAUGCGUCCUACCACACGAACCCAUCGCUGCAGAGCACCGCCCUGAUCAUCACCUGCGCGGUGGUGUUGCUGCUUAUGGCGGCGAUCGUCUCCGUCGUCUUCUGGAAGCACAAGAGGAAAGUGCAGAACCUGUUACCGUGCAAGAGCGCAGCGGGAGCGGCGGCUGCGGCCGCGGUGGCGGCCGCGGGUGGAAGAAGUCGAGUGCUGGCGGACGGUCAGCCGCACGCGGGAACGGGUAGCGCGGGCGGCGGCGCGGUGCUGUACGAGGACCUGCCGGAAGCGGUGACGCACUCGCAGCUGCACAAUCAUCUGCCGAGCCACCAUCCGGGGCAGGCGCCGACGAUCGAGAUGCUGGACGUCAAGGAAACCGGCAGAGGCGUGUUCGUGUGCAGCAGCCCCGGCCCCGAUCCCUACACGUCCCAGGACCUCUACAAUCCCGUCUACGAGGAGCUCAGCAACGGGGACCAUCAGGAAACGGACGAGGAGAGCGAGCUGAACGCUCGGAACCGGCUGCACCAUCAUCAUCGGCAUCAUCAUCGGCCGGCAUCCACCUCGAAGCCGGCCAGCGAGGACGAGUUCGCCGAGGACGAGCUCUCGGUAGGUGAGCCGUCCGAAGCCAGGAUGCUCACCUCCAGUGGGCCUACCUGGGGCACGUGUCCGGCAGGUGGCAGGCCACCGAGGGAGAGACGCGGCAGGAGCCCCAGGAGCCUCGACAGACGCAGGAGAGACAAGAACCACGACAUGGGCGAGUUCCACGAGGGGAUGCUGCUGGACGCUUUGCUUCAGCUGUAUCCUAGCGUCGCUGGCGUAGCAGGCACCCGAACGAAUAGCAAUCAACGACAACAGUCCGUCCCAUCGGUGGCCCACAGGUUACCCUAUUUCGUGCCUCCGAUGCCAGCCACCCAGGCCCUGAGGGUCGAGGAGAACCCGUACGAGAGCGUGCCGGUGCUGGGCCCGCUGCACCACUAUUCGAGCCAGAGCAGAAGCAACAAGGACAGGUCCCGCAAGGACAAGUACAAGUACUCGCCGCAAUACGGUGCCGAGUACUACGGUCUCCAGAACCAGGACGCCGCUCCCGUGUACACGCAGGUGGGCGGCGAGUACUCGGACACCUACUCGCAGCCCACGGACCGUCUCUACAACGAGGACAAGUACACGCAACCGGUGUACUACGGACCCAGAGACGGGGACCAGAUCAGCUCCGGCAGGCUGUACCAAGGCCAACCGGACAGCAGCUUCGGCAGCGACAGCGGUUACAGCCAUCACACGUCGGGCACGACCGGCACCAACGGCACCCGGAGCAGCAACUCGAGGACGAACCACAGAAAGGACAAGCAUCGGAACUCUCAUCAUUCUCACCACUCCGCGGACUACAUCGUGUCCUAAUGAUCGAUCUUGGUGACCGCGGUGUGACUGAAGAGAUCGAGGGAAGAGGAAGCUGUAUGGAAGCUUAUAAUACUUUUCGAGAAAAGUAGUGAUCCCGCGUUUACGUUCGCGUAUUUAUUUCAGAGAUCGUUUGUUUUUUCUUUUUUUUUUGUUGUUUUCUUUUUCUUUUUUACCGUAGACGAGAGCGAAAGUGAACGAGAGAAAGCGAGAGGAGAGAGAUUAAAGCGAGAAAGAGAGUUUUAUUUUUCGUACGCGAGGUGCUUGCGUUCUUUAUUUUCCCUUUCCGUUUCUAAUUGUUGCGCGUGAUAAUAGUAUUUUAGUAUAACACUCGUGUUCGACGAGAGAGAGAGAGAGAGAGGACGUUCGCAAUCGACCGAUCUCUCGGGGUUUAAUCACGGGGCGGGACGGGAUGGGUGAUGAUGAGCACAGAGCAAUAGAAAGACUGUGAACGUGAUGGUCAGACUAGCCAGGGGUUUGGGGCGGGGGAUGAACAUUCACGGAAAAACAGUGAUCUCUUAGUGAUUUAGCAAGACUAUUUAACAAAAUAAUUUGUAAUCCAAUGAGACUCAGGCUGGUACCAAAGGACGCUAAACAAGUACUUCGAUUUUUUAGCCUUCUAGUUUGUAAUUUAUACACGAGUAGAGCUACCCGCGUGAGACGAUUUUAAAACAGAAGAAAAAACGAUAGAAACGAAAGAGGUCUCGCGCGAAACGUGCGACUACCUAGCGAGAAAAGCUGCCACGCGUUUCAUUCGGGAUGCUAAAUUUCGUAGAGUCAAGCGAGUGAGAAGGGAAGAGAAUAAAAGGAAGAGAGAAAGAGAGAGAGAGAGAGAGAGAGAGGAGGGUUAACCGAUCCACUGCCAAAAUAAUCCUAAAUAAGAAAAUCCGUAAAGACUGCCCACCGACUGAGUGUAAUCUGCCAACCGGUUUCGUACAAACACUUUGAUACGAGUACACGCUAGAUGUGAUUUCGUCCCCAACUGCCCAUCGAUCGGAUCGUAAAGUAGCGCCUGAAACACCGUCUUCUCAUGCACCUAGCUAGCUAACCCUGUAGCUACACUUCGCACACGCGUACGCACACGAAGGACAGAACACAAACACACACACACACAGAGACACACCCACGGACACACGGGCGAGCGCACCUUAGUAGUUACAAGCUAGCACAUAAUAAGCACCACGUGUCGAGUCGCAAUCUUUUCCUUCGUCAAUUAUUAUACAAAACGGUAAUUAUCGUUCGCACGGGAUAGCGUAACAGGCAGGAGCAGGAUAUAUGGAACGCGAACAUACGGCUCAAAGGGCCGCUCCUAUUUCUGCAAUCUCGCACGAGGUCGCGGCUCGUUUGAAUACGAAAAACCAUCGACUCGAGAAGAACGGAGAGAAAGAGAGUGUGAGAGAGAAAGGAGAGAAAAACGAAUGAGAGAGGGGAAGGGUUGCUGCAGCAGGGGCUGAGCUACACAGCAAAGUCUUGCCGCUUUCGCAAACAGAAUGCGUAGUGUUCUUUCUGCGAGCCCUUUCCCGCUCGUUCUAUAUUCUCAAAGCUUCUCCACGGCUGCAGACAACGAUCCGGCCGCGUAUCGCGCCGGAUUAAGCAACGAUAACCCGUCGUCGUCGACGUCGUCAACCUCUCUUUGAAUACGCGAGACGGUUCCUUUUGACGAGAUCGCCUUUCCAAGUGUAGCUACCCACGGAGAGCCGCGACAACGAGUAAUACCCUCGCAGGAUACCUAAUCCUGGGCCCUUUUAUACCGUUCGCGAGAAUAACCCACCUAGUUCCUCGCUAGGCGUUACCCGAUCAUAGACGCUCGACCGGUCAUAGAUUCUUAAUUUUUUGGUAGUCGCACGGUUUCCCGCCAGCGAGACGUCUCGAUCACGCUGCCAGACAAACAGACAGACCAAGGGAGAGAAGGAUAAUCAAGGAACAGUGUUCUCAUCUGGCUGACGGCGCGACUGACUGGUCAAGGUCGGAAUCGAGGCGUUAGCUUCUCCUCCUCCGGUUGCAGUUUUCCUCCGUAAUGUCCGCUGGAGACAACGGGAGAAACUAGUGAAAGAUAUUCUUGCUUUGCUCUCAUUGGCUGUAAAAUAUUAACGCAUUCCUAGGAGAUCGGCUAGACUGCUGAUUUUAUGCAUUGACGACAAAUCAGAGGGUUGGAAUCGUAGUGGCAUCACUCGCAUUUCCGAAAAUUUUGACUUGUGUUUUAAACUGUGAUCUAUACAUUGGCAAAUUGCCGAAAAGACAAGUGGAAUAAAUUAUAAUUACUGUGAAUUGGCUUGACUCUAAGUGAUCUUAACCAUAAAGCAGGAAACAAUUCACAUGUUAGUAAACAAUAAACCUUGAAAAAGUAAAAAUAUUUAAUAUUGAA